GCGCGUGGCCGCGGCGGCUGGUGUGGGGUUGAGUCAGUUGUGAGACCCGGAGCUGCGGACCCAGCGGGCGGCCCGGCGCCCCGCGAGAGAGCGGCGGGCGUCAGGGUUCGGGAGCCGUGAGCUGGCCCCUCGCAGACCUCGGCCGAGCCGGCGCCGCUGUCCCCCACCCCCAGCCCAAACCGCCGCCGCGGGCGCGCCCCCGCUCUGCGCUGUCUCCAAUGGCGUCCGCCUCCGGGGCCAUGGCGAAGCACGAGCAGAUCCUGGUCCUCGACCCGCCCACAGACCUCAAAUUCAAAGGCCCCUUCACAGAUGUAGUCACUACAAAUCUUAAGUUGCGAAAUCCAUCGGAUAGAAAAGUAUGUUUCAAAGUGAAGACUACAGCACCUCGUCGGUACUGUGUGAGGCCCAACAGUGGAAUUAUUGACCCAGGGUUGACUGUGACUGUUUCAGUAAUGCUACAGCCUUUUGACUAUGACCCCAAUGAAAAGAGUAAACACAAGUUUAUGGUACAGACGAUUUUUGCUCCACCAAACACUUCAGAUAUGGAAGCUGUGUGGAAAGAGGCAAAACCCGACGAAUUAAUGGAUUCUAAAUUGAGAUGUGUAUUUGAAAUGCCCAAUGAAAAUGAUAAAUUGGGUGUAACUCCUCCAGGGACUGCUCCAGCUGUCACUUCAGUGAGCAGCAUCAACAACACAGUUGCAACACCUGCCAGUUAUAACAGGAAGAAUGACCCCAGGGGACUCACUGUGUUCAAACAGGAGAAACAGAAGAAUGAUAUGGAACCUAGCAAAGCUGUUCCAGUGAACGCUUCUAAACAAGAUGGACCCGUGCCAAAACCGCAUAGUGUUUCCCUCAACGAUACUGAGACGAGGAAACUCAUGGAAGAGUGCAAAAGGCUUCAGGGAGAAGUGAUGAAGCUGUCAGAAGAAAAUCGACACCUGAGAGAUGAAGGCUUAAGGCUCAGAAAGGUAGCACAUUCGGAUAAACCUGGAUCCACCUCAGCUGCAUCCUUCAGAGAUAACGUCACCAGUCCUCUUCCUUCACUUCUUGUUGUAAUUGCAGCCAUUUUCAUUGGAUUCUUUCUAGGGAAAUUCAUCUUGUAGAGUGAAGCAUGCAGAGUGCUAUUUCUUUUUUGUUUUCUCUUGACCAGAAAAAGAUCUGUUUACCUACCAUUUCAUUGGUAGUAUGGCCCACGGUGACCAUUUUUUUUGUGUGUACAGCGUCAUAUAGGCUUUGCCUUUAAUGAUCUCUUAUGGUUAGAAAACACAAUAAAAAGAAACUGUUCGGCUGCUGGACAAAUUGUAUAUUACCAGAUCAUCACUAGCAGAUGUUAGUUGCACAUUCAGUCCUUUAUGAAAUUCAUAAAUAAAGAUUUGUUCUUUCUUUGUGGUUUUAAUAAGAGUUCGAGAGUUGUUCAGAGUCUUGUAAAUGUUAUUUUAAUAAUCCCUUUAAAUUUUAUCUGUUGCUGUUACCUCUUGAAAUAUGAUUUAUUUAGAUUGCUAAUCCCACUCAUUCAGGAAAUGCCAAGAGGUGUUCUGUGGGGAAAUGGUGCCUCUUACAGUGUAAAUUUUCUCCUUUACCUUUGCUAAUAUCAUGGCAGAAUUUUUCUUAUCCCUUGUGAGGCAGUUGUUGACUGAGUUUUUCAUCCUUACAAUCCUGUCCCAUGGUAUUUAACAUAAAAAAAAUAAAACUGUUAACAGAU